ACUGAUUAGUCCAUCACCAUAUCUACCCAACUAUGUUGAAAUAUCAGCUUUAUAAAAGUGCAUGGAGUUCAAGCUGGCAGCUAUUAUAAACUAGGCCCGGAAAAGAAGACAAAUUGAAAUUCACUGAUCGCGAUUGACCAGAUAAGUGGAAAACGAGAAUGAAAGCCACUAUUGCUGCUCUAACCCUCCUGGCCGUCAUGGUUCUCCUAAUUGAGGGCAAACCCUUGUCUAUCAAGGAGAAGGGCCGAGGUGUGCAGAGACGUUUGGAGAAGCUCAAGGAGAAACUUAUCAGCGAACAGUGUGAGCAAGUGUGCCCACCAAUGCCUGGUAACAGCACGUCAAAUCUGGAGUGUGCUCGCUGCAUUGCCACAGGAUCUCCUCAACUCUCUGACUUCCUAUCAGCUGUCGCACUAGCUCGCUCUGACAAGAAUUGCUCAAGCAGGGUGAAGGUUUUCCUAAGAGAAAAAAGACACCGUCGUAAGAAGUCCAGAAAAAACAAGAAAUCAAAGGGUGGAAAAUCUAAGAGUAUAAAAUCUAAGAGUGACUUUAAUACAGGAUCAAGAGAUGAAAGUAGCGAUAGUAGCCAAUCAGACAGUAGCGAUAGUAGCCAAUCGGACAGUAGCGAUAGUAGCCAAUCGGACAGUAGCGAUAGUAGCCAAUCGGACAGUAGCGAUAGUAGCCAAUCAGACAGUGAAGGAUCCGGAGAUAUUUCUCCACUUGCGGAAGAAAGCAGUAAAUCAAGAAAGAGAAGCAAAUCCAGCAAGAGUGACAGUUCUAAAAGCAAGCGAUCUGUGAGCGAAGAGAGUGAAGAUGGCAAUGAUGACAAAACUCUAACAAUGAUGAAAUCAAAAGGUGGAAAGUCUAAAAGUUACUCCGAUACUGAUGAAGAUGAAAGUGGCAAUGGUAGAAAAUCAGACAGCGAAGAAUCCAGAGUUCUUUCUCCGCUUGUGGAAAAAAGCGAUAAAUCUAGCAUGAGGGACAAAUCGAAGAGCAAACAAUCUGUGACCAAUUUUAGUGAGAGCGAACAGAGUAAAGAUGACAACAAUGAGUCUGCUGAUGAGUCAUCCAAUUCCAGUGAGAGUGAAGAAUCUGUAAGUGAUGAAUCUGAGAGCACUGCCGAAUCUGAUAGCGAGUCCGAAGUAAGUGAGAGUGACUCAACUUCUGAUGCCUCAACUACUGUAGAGAAAAGGCUAGCAGAGGAAGAGGAUGAUGAUAAUCUCGUCAAUACAUUUGCUGCUCUGAUUGGAGAUUGUCAUGGCAAGUGUGGCAACCUCAGUCGAGGGUGUGGAAAGCCUGUGCUGCCUUGUCUGAAGUGCAUCAUCAAAGAGUCUGACAUGGAUGAAACUAUGUAGUGAAUAUCAUUGUGCUUUUGCCAAUUUCAGCCAAAUACUCUAAUUAUAAUGCAAAAUUGUGUUAAUUUCUGACAUAUAAAUUUAUAGAACUAAAGGUUCCAUUUACAAUUUAA